AUGGCAGAGAAACAGAAUGAUCCGAGCAUCAUCGCUCUGGACGUACACAGCGAAGCCAAGGGCGAGGUAUACAAUGCAGACGACCUGAGGCUUCAACAAAUGGGACACACUCAGGAGCUCACACGCCAUUUCAGUAUGUUGAGUCUGAUCGGCCUGGCUUCAACAUGUACAAUAUCUUGGACAGGACUCGGCCUGGGCCUAGCAACUGAGAUAGGAGCUGGAGGACCUGGAGCAGUGAUCUAUGGGUUCAUCCUAAUCGCCGUAUUACAAUCUUUCUUGGGCGCCUCAUUGGCCGAAUUCGUGUCUUCCUACCCGACGAGCGGCGGGAUGUAUCACUGGAUUGCUGCAGUGUCCCCAGAGAGAUAUAGAGGCUUCCUCAGUUUCCAAACUGGCUAUUUCACCAUUGCGGGCUGGAUAUUUACAACGGCAUCGACGAACCUGAUCUAUGCGCAAAACUUAAUGGCACUUGUAGCUCUCUACCAUCCAAGCAUGACCAUCAGAACCUGGCAGACCUUUCUGGUGUACCAGGUCUUGAACCUUAUAACGGCCGCAAUCGUGAUCUGGGGCAAUCGAAUCAUCCCAGCGCUCAACAAGUUCUCGCUGUUCUAUCUCCAGAUAGGCUGGUUUGUGGUGAUGAUCACAGUUGUUGCUUGCGCUCCUACACAUCAGGAUUCCGAGUUUGUAUUUCGUACAUGGAUCAACGAGACUGGAUGGGAAAACCAGGUCAUUUGCUUUAUUACUGGUCUUGUCAACCCUCUCUAUAGCUUGGGUGGUCUCGACGGUGUCACGCACUUGACAGAAGAGAUGCCGAACCCAUCUAGGAAUGCGCCACUCGCCAUCGCAAUUACUCUUGUUAUUGCCUUUGUCACUGGCAUAACUUAUCUCAUUGCUCUGAUGUUUUCCGUUCAAGACUAUGCUGCUUUGUCGAGUACAAAUACUGGUUUGCCUCUUGCAGAACUCUUCCGACAAGUCACACGGAACGCUGGAGGAGCUUUUGGCUUGACCUUUAUUCUCUUUAUUGCAUUGGGACCGUGUGUUAUAUCAUCGCAACUUUCGACAGGAAGAAUGUUCUGGGCUUUCUCCCGCGAUGGCGCGAUACCUUUCUCGAACACUUGGUCGAAAGUCAACCAUCGACUGCAGAUGCCUAUGAACGCACAGUUAGCAGUCACAGCCAUCGUGGCUGCGCUUGGUUGUCUGUAUUUGGGCUCGAGUACGGCGUUCAACUCUCUACUCGGCUCAGCUGUCACAAUCAACAACUGUGCAUACAUGGUCCCUGUAUUGACCAACCUACUGACUGGUAGAAAAAACAUGUAUAAGGGCGUGUUUCACAUGCAUGGGACGAAGGGAUUCUUUGUCAACAUAAUCACUGUAUGCUGGUUGGCUUUUGCAAUCGUCUUCUUUUCGUUCCCCUACUACAAACCUGUCACUGCUGCAAACAUGAACUAUACAUGUCUGGUCGUCGGAGGACUCACACUCUUUCAAUUAGCUUGGUAUGCCAAAGUCAGAGGUCGUUACAACGAGAGAAUCCAGAGAGCAAAGGAAGAAUGA